ACAGAGCAUAAAUUAAUAAAUUAAACCCCAAUUUUAAUAAUUAAUAAAUGUAAGGCGAUGUUCACAUCCUUUUUGGACCCUCCGUCUGUCGCCGUUACUCCCAUUUUUAACCAAAGCCAAAGCUUUAGAUUUCUCAGUCGCACUCCCACUCACACUCACAGGCACAGCUUUCUUCUUCUCGUCUUCCAUCACCUUCAUCUUACACACACGUCGUGAAAACAGACAAAACAAAAGCUGAUCGCGAUUCAAUUCUCAGAAUCAUUCCAUUUUCUGAUCUCAAAAUCCAAAUCUAAAUCCAAAUUCAGUUCAUUUGUUAUUCUUACCCUUUCUCUCUCUAUCUGAAUCAUGACGAUGAUGAUGAGCAAAUCAAUGUAAUUAAUAGAUCCGCUACUAGUCGUCGCUCUUAUUUUCAAAUGGCGUCAGCUGGUAAUCCUCCAAAUCAAGGAGGAGGAGGUGGUGGUGGUGGUUUUGAUGUCAAUAAACUGUUGAAGCCGUCUACAAGCACUAUUAUCAAUAAUAUGAAUAUGAAUAUGAAUAUGAUGAUUCAACCAUCAUUACAGCCGCCGCAACCCCAACAACAACCUCCUCCAUCAAAUUCAAACCCUCUCACAACCUCACCUUCUUUUCCUCUGCCUGCUACUGUUCCUUCACCUCCUUACAUCACUCCUUCCUCCUCUUAUCCUCCUCCUACUGGACCUUAUCAUCAUCCUCACUACCUCUCUCCUUAUCCACCUCCUCCUCCUCCUCUUCAACAACAACCGCAACAACUUCACUAUCACCCCCACCAGCAUCCCAGUCACUUCCUUUCUAACAUUCACCAUCACCAGCAGCAUAAUAGACCUCAGCCGCCUCCCCCCAUCUCUUCUAAUUCCAAUCCAGUUGGUGUUUUAAUGGACAUCCUCACCAAUCAGAAUCAGCAGCCUCAACCUCAACCACAGCCUCCUCCGUCCCCCAAUCUCAUCAUCCCUUCCGCUCCUCCUCCUGUCACUUUGGCCUCUCCUACUCAUCAGCUUCAGCACUCGUCCUCUUCUCCCAUCAGGAUGCUCAGCACCAAGCUCCCCAAGGGCCGCCAUUUGAUUGGCGACCAUCUUCUCUACGAUAUUGAUGUCCGAUUGCCAGGCGAGGUCCAACCCCAACUCGAAGUCACUCCCAUCACCAAGUAUGUCUCUGAUCCUGGUCUUCUUCUCGGGCGUCAGAUUGCUGUCAAUCGCAAUUACAUUUGCUAUGGUCUCAAGCCUGGCGCCAUCCGCAUCCUUAAUAUCAAUACUGCCUUGAGAUCCUUGCUCCGCGGCCAUUACCAAAAAGUAACAGAUAUGGCAUUCUUUGCUGAGGAUGUUCACCUUCUUGCCAGCACAUGUAUUGAUGGACGUGUCUUCAUACGCAAGAUUAAUGAGGGGCCAGAUGAGGAAGAGAAGCCUCAAAUAUUUGAAAGGAUCGUUCUUGCCCUGCAGAUUAUAGCAGAGGGAGAAUCUGUCCACCCACGAGUGUGUUGGCAUCCUCACAAACAAGAAAUUUUGAUCGUUGCAAUCAGAAAUCGUAUCCUAAAAAUAGAUACAAUUAAAGUUGGAAAAGCUGAAGGGUUUUCUGCAGAGAAGCCUCUUAAUUGUCCCAUUGAUAAGCUGAUUGAUGGGGUCCAGCUUGCUGGUAAGCACGAUGGUGAAGUUACUGAGUUGUCAAUGUGUCAAUGGAUGACCACCCGUUUGGCUUCAGCUUCAGCUGAUGGCACGGUCAAGAUUUGGGAAGAUCGUAAGGCAGUGCCACUUGCUAUUUUGAGACCUCAUGAUGGUAACCCUGUAAAUUCUGUGGCGUUCUUGACUGCCCCUGACCGCCCUGAUCAUAUUGUUCUUAUCACUGGGGGCCCACUAAAUCAAGAAGUAAAGAUAUGGGCCUCUGCCAGCGAGGAGGGCUGGCUGUUGCCCAGUGAUGCUGAAUCAUGGCAGUGUCGUCAGACUUUGACCUUAAAUAGUUCCGCUGAGUCUAGUGUUGAGGAUGCAUUCUUCAAUCAAGUUGUAGCACUGCCUCGUGCUGGUCUGUUUUUGCUGGCAAAUGCCAAGAAGAAUGCAAUAUAUGCAAUACACAUAGAAUAUGGGUCUUAUCCAGCUGCUACCCGCAUGGAUUACAUAGCUGAGUUUACAGUUACAAUGCCUAUUUUGAGUCUUACUGGAACUAGUGAUAGCUUACCAAGUGGAGAACGUAUUGUUCAGGUUUACUGUGUCCAAACGCAAGCUAUUCAGCAGUAUGCAUUGGAUUUGUCGCAGUGCCUACCACCACCUCUGGAGAACAUGGAGUUGGAGAAAAUGGAAACCAGUGUUUCCUGUGCUUUUGAUGCUGCUAGCUCUGAUGGUCCUGCUGUACUGGAACCAUCUCAUGGAAAUAAAACAACUGAGGUUUCCCUGAGUAAAGGGACAAACACACCUUCUAUGAUUUCAAGCAGUUCUGAAAAUGCUUCUGCUCCCACAGCAAGCCAUCCUGAAAGCUUGGCUUCUUCUGAGGUCACUAGCUUACCAGAUAAUGUUACCUCAGCUAUAGAUACUAAAGUUAGUGCUUUACCAUCACAUAGUAGUACUGAAAUUACCAACAAUGUGUCUCCUCCACUUCCUUUGAGUCCACAGUUAUCACGAAAGUUGUCAGGUUUCCAAGGUCCACAAAGCAGCAUUGAGCCUAGCGUGCAACUCAAUGAACAUGGUGCUGAUCAGCGCGUUCAAGAUUAUUUGGUCGAACACAUAAUGGACAGUACGAAAGAAAUCAUGACUGAUACUCCUUCCUCUGGUGACAGUUUGAGGAAGAGUGAGAAAAACAUGGCACAAACUGACAUCUCAGUGGUUCCCGAACCUCUUGUGCUGUUUAAACAUCCAACCCAUCUUGUAACCCCAUCUGAGAUACUGUCCAGGGCUGCCUCAUCUGAGAAUUCCCAUAUUAUUCAGGGAAUAAAUGUGGGAGAGGCUAAGGUUCAGGAUGUAAUUGUCAACAAUGAUAACGAAAGUAUUGAGGUAGAGGUUAAAGUUGUUGGAGAAACAGGAAGCAACCAAAGUAACAAUUUUGACAUGCCUAGAGAAUCCCAUAUCACCAUCCCAGAUAAAAAGGAAAAAUCCUUCUACUCUCAGGCCUCAGAUCUCAGCAUUCAGAUGGUCAGAGAUUGUUGUAUGGAAGCUUAUAAUAGUGUGGGAAUGCAGCAGGUUGGUGAAGGUAGUGUCGCCGAGGUGCCAGAUAGGCCUCUUAAUGCCAGUGCAGAUGAAGAACAAGACAUGAGAAAAAACUUGAAUGCAAAGGUUGGUGAAUCAGAAAUUGCCACUGUAGUCCCACAGUCCGCAGCCCCAUCCACAAAGGGAAAAAAACAGAAAGGGAAAGCUUCUCAGCUGUCUGGUCUGUCUUCCCCUUCCCCUAGUCCUUUCAACUCCACAGAUUCAUCCAAUGAACCAGGUUGUAGUUCUGGUGUCCAAUCUAGUGAUGCUGCUUUAUUUCAAUUAUCAGCCAUGCAGGAUAUGCUUGAUCAGUUACUGAGCAUGCAGAAAGAAAUGCAGAAGCAGAUAAAUAUGAUGGUAUCUGUUCCAGUUACCAAAGAAGGUAAAAGGUUGGAGGCAUCCUUGGGUCGGAGUAUUGAGAAAGUCGUCAAGGCUAAUACUGAUGCUUUAUGGGCUCGUCUCCAAGAAGAAAACACAAAGCAUGAGAAAUUAGAGCGAGAUCGCACACAGCAGUUAACAAAUUUGAUUUCAAACUGUGUAAAUAAGGAUUUGCCGAGCUCCGUAGAGAAAACUUUGAAGAAGGAGAUAGCUGCUGUUGGACCUGCUGUAGCUCGUGCAGUUACUCCUGCCCUGGAGAAAAGCAUAUCAUUAGCUAUUACAGAGUCAUUCCAGAAAGGGGUGGGGGAGAAGGCAGUUAGUCAACUAGAAAAGUCAGUUAGUUCAAAACUUGAAGGCACAGUGGCCAGGCAAAUCCAAUCACAAUUUCAAACUUCUGGCAAGCAAGCUCUUCAGGAUGCACUAAGAUCUAGUCUGGAAGCUGCUAUCAUUCCUGCAUUUGAAAUGUCAUGCAAAGCUAUGUUUGAUCAAAUUGAUGCCACAUUUCAAAAAGGGCUAAUUAAUCAUCUAAAUUCCACUCAGCAGCAGUUCGACUCUGCCAAUUCUCACUUGGCCAUUACUCUUAGGGAUGCUAUCAAUUCAGCUUCAUCAAUUACUCGGACCCUAAGUGGAGAAUUAGCUGAGGGCCAACGUAAGCUUUUAGCUCUUGCAGCUGCAGGUGCAAACUCCAAAGUGGGAAAUUCCUCUUUGAGUAAUGGACCGUUGGUUGGCUUACAUGAGAUGGCUGAGGCACCUCUGGAUCCAACAAAAGAAUUAUCCAGAAUGUUAUCUGAACACAAAUUUGAGGAAGCAUUCACAGCAGCGCUGCAAAGAAGUGAUGUCUCAAUAGUUUCCUGGUUAUGUGGUCAGGUCAAUCUGCAAGGGAUUUUGUCCAUGGUACCACUACCUUUAAGUCAAGGAGUUCUGCUCGCCCUUAUGCAACAAUUGGCUUGCGAUAUCAAUAAGGAAACACCUAGGAAGCUGGCAUGGAUGACAGAGGUGGCUGUUGCUAUAAACCCUGCAGAUCCGAUGAUUGCAAUGCACGUGAGACCAAUACUUGAUCAGGUGUAUCAGAUAUUGAGACAUCAGAGGAAUCUGGCAACUAUAUCUGCUUCUGAAGCUGCCAGUAUACGACUUCUUAUGCAUGUCAUAAACUCUGUGAUAAUGAGCUGUAAAUGAUUGUUCCAUUUGUCCCUUUGUUUGUGCAAAUAUGUAAGAUAGACUUUUGGUUUGUAUAGGAAUGUAGGAAGGAAGCUUCAGGGGAUUGCUGUUGUUACCAUUUGUAUGAAUUAGUGAAGUACAUCUCCUUUUUCUCA